AUGGCGACCAUCAAGAUCAAAAGAGGCGGACGGCUUGGAGGUCAAAAGAUCUCACAUUCUACCAUCGUCGACUCCACCAACUUGAUCGACCUCCUCAUUGCUAUCCAGGCAUAUGGGGUCACCAUCCUCCCCGUCUCGCACCAGCUUGGUCUGGAGAUCGUCGGCCAAGGCGUUGCUCAUGGAGAUAUCAAACCAGAAAACUUCGUCGUGGACCAGCAGGGGGAAGAAGAGACUUGCCAACUUAUUGACUUUGGUUCCUGUGUGAUUAAAGAACAGAAACGAUACCCAACAUCCAGUCCACCUUGGAAUCCUCCUGAGCUUGGACGCACAGCGACACCGCGUUUGGCAGGCUUCGACUUCAUCUCACAAGCUGACCUGUUUUCUUUGGCCUUGGUUCUGGUUCACAUCUUAGUCCCUUCUGAACUUCUUAGGGCUUCCAAGGCAUUGUUCCUGCGCAUCUGUGCCACAGAUUCGGAAUGGGAACAAACUUGCUUAGACCUAGAUCAAGCGCAACAACAAGGCUCAUGUUCGCCAUUGACCUUCCGGCUUGUUGAGGCAAUACAUAAUGCAGAUUUAUCUCAUAAGGAGAAGGAUGUUCUCUGCAACAUAGUAAAUAGUGCAAUUCUUCCCCCCAAUGGUAGCAGACGGAUACCAUGGCAAGGAAUCGUCCAUCUCCAAAACGACGUGUCGUCAAAAUUGAAAUCAGUUCUAGAGGACGAGUCACCCGAUACUGUCGAAUUGCCACGUCGCAUCUUUGAUUCUCCCUCAUAUGUGCACGAAGAGCACAAGAUCUUUGAGCUUCAAGGUCUGCUGGGAGAGCUGGAUGAUACUGAUUUUGCUGUGAGACAGACGGUCUUGAGAGCAGUGGAACGCAAGGCACGGUCAUCUGGAUGCCAUAAAUGUCGCAAGGACUACUCCUUCCAAGCGGCCAUUUGUCAUGAGAUAGGAUUUGGAGCACCUCCAGUAUCAUCUCAGGAGCGCGAUUACCUGGAAGCCAGUGGCCUGGCGCAAGAUGACCUUAACAACGCGGUGAAAAGGAUAUCAGAGGAAUACAAAGGCACAAAUUACGUGCCACAGAAAGUACUGGAACAGCUAUUCUUGCCAGUUGUACAAUCUUCGAAUCGCCCAAUCGAGUACCAAAGGCGUCAACGACUUCCUGCUGCCACCAAAGCCCUAAAAGCAGAAAUUGAUGCUAGAACCCGAGUCUUCGGACCGACAGACCGCUGUUUGGCCCGACCAAUGGAAGAGCUCGCCCAGGUUUAUUUAACCCAAGGCAUGUGGGUAGAAGCGGCUGCUUAUCAACAAAAAGCAACCAAUGCCUUGGAGAGCCAUGGAAUAACCCAUCCGUCUUUCUUAUCUGCUAAACUAAGAUUGGCCGACAUAUGGUUUGAGCAAGGGCUUUACCGUCAGGCGGAAAAGGAGCAACGCAACUGCAUCUCGCAACUCAAGCCUGUUGUGGGUGGUAAUCAUCCCGACGUUGUUGCAGCAUCUAUGUCUCUGGCCAAAACAAUGUCUCACCAGGGAGCUCAUGGCGAGGCUGAAAGCAUAGCACAGGAGGUUGUUUCGUCUAGAAGCAGCGCCCUAUCACCAAGCCACCCCUUGACCAUUAACGCAGAGCUAAAUAUGAUCGGAAUCCUCGUCAAUGGGGGACAUACACGCAAGAUAAAGGGGAUCAUGUCUGCUGUCGAAAGGAAGCUAUCCAACAUCUUGCAGACUGACACUAUCAGAAAGGCUGAAUUUGGCAUUUCACAGGCUAUCGUUUACAGGGAGAUAUGGCAACUCGAUCUGGCUUUAGAAAAGGCUCAAGCUGUCGAUGCAUGCCUUGCUCGGCAGCAUAUUGACGAAAAGGACAACCUUCGACUUUCUGUAUACAGACUAGAGGCCACUAUUCACCAUGCCAGUCAGAAAUGGAAGCUGGAGGAGGCACUCUUGAGGAAGGUCAUCGACCUCUCAGAUACAAACCUGGAAAAGGUCGCCAAUAAGUCGCAAUAUGACCUUGCCAAUAAUCUCAUAUUGCAAGGACGUCUGCAAGAAGCUUUGGAUAUUGUUGAGGUCGUAAAGCCCGACAUUGAAAUGCCAAUGGCAACAAACCCAGAUGCAUAUUAUUCCUAUUAUCAGAAGCUAGCCACUAUUCUUGAGCUUCAGGGAAAAUACAAAGAAGCAGAAGCACAACUGAAAACGCUUUUGGAACGGUGCAAAAGAGAGUUGGGGAACACCCAUGGCUUGACCAUUGAGGCAGGUCUAUACCUGGGUAGUUUCUGGGCGGAAAGGCAUCUAUUUCGGGAGGCCCAGUUAUGCUUUGAGGCACUUCUCGAAAGCAUUACUUAUCUGCCUGGAAGCCAGCAGAUUGAAAUUUUGAGCCAUCUGGCUACUACCUAUCGCCAACUUGGAGAACUCGCGAAAGCCAUCGAUACUUGUCAGAAGGCCUUGAAACAGGCUUCUGAGACACAGGUCGAUGAGAGCAGCAGAGUCCUUCAGCUUCAAAACAUUCUUGCAAGUAUUUACAUAGACUUGGAAGAGUGGGAAAAGGCCGAUGAGAUUCUGGAUUCAAUCAAGGGCAAACCCUGUAAUGCCCAGCUUUCCUCGUCAAUCAAGACUAAUCUUUAUAUCUUGAGAAGGAUUCAGGGUCGUCGUCGAGAAGCUCUAGACCUUGCCAUGGACGCCCAGAGACUUCAGACAGAAUGCUUAGGAGUGGCAACAUCAGAACGUCUCACUGUGGAAAACAAUGCCAUGCGAUGUCAGCUCGAUUUCUUGGGUCUGACAGAUGAGGUUGAGUCACAAGUCCAAGAACUAAUGCGUCAAAGGGAGGAGACACACUUUUCUAACCACCCUUUGCACGUAGCUCUGAUGUCUGACAUCGCUUAUGCAUACAGCUUACACGGAAGGAUGAGAGAAGCGGAGGAUCUGCUUAACAAGAUUGAUGCUCUUGGAGAACUCAGUGAGAGUGACAAACCGAUCUCUUGCGCGACAGCGCUUGGGAAACGGGCAACCAUAUACGCGCAUUUGGGGCGAUUACCCGAGGCCGAAAAAUGCGAAAGAAAAGCCCUUUCUGUUAGACAAAAGGUUUUCCCUCGAGGACACCCUCUUAUCACAAGCACCAUGCAGAAUCUCGCGACAACGCUGGCCGGUUUACAGAAGUAUGAAGAGGCCGAGUCACUCCUCCAAGAGGUCAUUACUGUACAUGAUGAUCACGUCCAGAGGGCGACAGACCGAUCAGAUCUCAGGAGGGCCAGGCUCCGGCUUGCAUGGACUAAAAAGAAUCUGGCUGGGCUGCUAUUUCUGCAGGCUAAGGCAGUUGAGUCUCUCGAGCUUUUUAACCAAGCUCUUGAGAUCAGCUUGGCUGCUGAGGCAGAGCCUCCUGUGGUCCAUGAACUCAGGAGCAGUAUAGCUCAUGUCAAUGAAAUGCUAGCCACUUUGGAAGGGAGAAAGGAGGGCUAA